AGUGCGGCGGCUGGUGGUGUCUAGUAGUUUUGUCCUGAUGGCUGAAUCCAACGUGAAGGCUCUGACGGCAGCCCUGGGAAAGCAAUUAUCUUUGACAGUAGAGGAAGAUGUUAGGCUUGAUUUGGAUGAUGGAAACUGUCAUGAACCUGAGGAAGGAACCUCAAAGUGGUGCAUUGUCGAUACAGUCUUGACCUGGAAGCGCUAUAAUAUGGAAGCGAUGGCGUCCACAUUGGCUGGGGUUUGGCGACCGGUAAAGGGUAUGCAUAUGAGAAUCCUGGGUUACAACCACUUUGCUGUUUACUUUUUUCAUCUAGUAGACAUGAAUCAUGUGAUGGCAGCGGGUCCUUGGAGCUUUGCCGAUCACGUCAUGGUCCUGAAAGAGACUCAGGGGGGGAUGCUGGUGUCCAAGGAUGAACUUUUUGAGGUCCCUUUUUGGAUCCAAAUUCAUGGCCUACCUCCAAGUCGGAUAACUGAAGCAACAGGUAGAAGAAUUGGUGUCGAGCUUGGGCAUCUCCUUGAGGUUGAUACAGGGGACGGUCAUGUGAUAUGCUCUGGGUUUCGCCUUCCGCAUUUUUGCUAUUGUUGUGGCAUGCUGGACCACGUUGAACGGGAAUGUGAGCUGGGUCUGGAAAUGGAACGUAUGGGAGUAACAGAGCGUCCUUAUGAUGACAAGCUCCGGGCGGUACUGAAGCGUGAGAGACAAGAGGCUAUUAUGAAUAAUGGAAGAUGGCUACGUGAUGCCGCUAGAAACCCCAUCGGCGAGGACUCACAGGGGAGACGUCCAGCUUCCAAAAUGGCAAGAUGGCCUGUUUUGGAAUCUCGCGGUUGUCACGACGCGGUAGCUGGAAUAAAUGACUGUGAUUGCCGGGGAAAUAAGGAGAUUCUGGCUGAACACAAAGCGGAUUUUAUGGAGAGACAACAUAUUUUGGGGGAUUCACAGCAAAUCAUAAGCACAAACAACGAAGUUUCUAAUUUGGGAAAUCCAGAUGGACAGCUUCAUGGGCAAGAUGCCCCCUUACUGCAACAUUCCAAAACAAGUGGGCCAAGGACUUUCGUUGAUCCCAAAGUGACAACCCAUCAAAGGCUAGAUCCUAGAAGAGGGAAGCUAGGGAAUGGCGCCACCGGAGCCCACAUCCAUCACCUUCUUCGGGGCAAAUUAAAAGGAAGGAAGAGCAAUUCCAAACCAUUGUGGCUGAGCAACUCGAAGAAUCACGUUGAUAUGGAGGUGGAAGGCAUGGGAGUUGGCACUUGGCAUUUCAUAGGCUACUAUGGCCACCCUGAAAGACAUAAUCGGAGGCGUUUAUGGCAACUUUUAAGAGAAUUAGCCACUAAAUCUGAUCUACCAUGGUUGAUCGGGGGAGACUUCAAUGAUCUUUUACACUCAGAUGAGAAGUUAGGUGUCAUUAUAAGAGAAGGAAUAGAGGCAGAAAGAGAUUCCGGUUUGAAGAUAUGUGGCUUCGGGAUCCUGGUUGUUCUGAAAUAGUAAAAUCUAGUUGGAGCUCUAUUGUAUGUGAAGGGAACUGGAACUGUUUACUGCAAAAAAUCAAUGUCUGUUCCACAAAUCUCCAAGGUUGGAACACUUCUCAUUUUGGUCAUGUGCAAACACGACUUAAGUAAUGCAUAGAGAGCCUCGAAUCUUUGAGAAACAAAUCCCCCUCAAUCAC